AUGGAGUCCUACCUGAACUUCCUGGACCCGCCGGCCGUUAUCACGCCGGAAGACCUGUCUUUGACGGAUGACGAAUCCUUCCCAUCUCACAUGCAUCCAUAUACCAGGGACCGGACAUCCCAUAUGCGCCAGCAUCUGUCCUGGAUCGAAGACCAUGCCAAAGGCCACUAUAUCCCAUGCCCGUCCAACAUCCACGCCAACGAUCCUUUCUCGGCCUACAAUGCCGGUUGUCUCACUGCGGACUUGACGAUGAAGUUCCCGACGGGUGCCAAUAGCAUCGCCUACUCUCAUUCGGAUCGACUCCUGUCGCCGCCGCCAUGCACCGGUCAUCCGUCGUCGUCGUCGGGGUUGGACAGUCCCCGUAGUAGUAACCUUGGUGACAUAGGUUGCUAUUUUCCGCUAUCCUACUCUUCCGACGAUGCCAUGUUCCCUCCGCUUGAGAACUAUUACCCUUCUCCUACGGAUCUGACGUCCGCCCCGCCGAAUGUCCUGCAGAUCGAGCCGGAUAACUCUCUGCACGACCUGUGCAUGGGGAAUAAAACAAUUUCUCCUUUGGACGACGGGACGCUCUGGGUUGAUGGUACGGAACAUAACCAACCAAUCCAACAAAGUUCACCUGUUUCAGAAAGGACCCCAACACCCAGCGAGGUCUCGCCUCGGAUCAACAUGAAUCGCCGUUCUAGAACUCGCCGACAUACGAGCAGAGCAUCGAGAGACGGCGUACAUAAGCCACACAACAAUCCUCGCUCACCCCCUACGAGAUCACAUUGUGGCCGGAAACCCUCGCCGACAUCCGUCAAGUCAGAGAAAGUCGCCGUCACUGGCGGACGACAAUUCAUCUGCAGCUUCGCCCACUACGGAUGCACCAGCACCUUCAGCUCCAAAAACGAAUGGAAACGACACAUCACCUCCCAACACCUCCAACUAGGCGCCUACCGGUGCGACAUAGGCGACUGCAAUCUCCGUCGAAGAUCUUCCUCCCUCGACCUCCCCAAACGAGCCGACUCCAACCACCGCGCAACUCACAUUCAACAGCAGGACAAAGGCUUCAACCGCAAAGACCUCUUCAUUCAGCACCUGCGCCGCAUGCACGGACCGCAAUCGGCCAGUAAACAGGACCUCUCCACCAAAGAGGAAGAAGCCCUUGUCUCGCAGCGCUGCUGGCAUCAACAGCGCGAGCCACCGCAGCAUAGCAAGUGCGGCUUUUGUGACCAAGAGUUCAAGGGGGAGAGAAGUUGGGAAGAGCGGAUGGAGCAUGUGGGAAAGCAUUUUGAACGGGAUGAGAAACUCCCGAAGGUGGAGGUUGAGGAUGCCUACUUGAGAGAGUGGGCGAUUGAAGAAGGAAUCAUUCGGUGGGAAGGGGAUGCGUGGGUUUUGGCUCGUGUGUAA